ACACACACAAAUAUAUAUAAGUAUAUAUGGGUGUGUGUGUAUAUGUGCUGUAACACAAAGACAAAGUAGGCCAAUUCGCGAGAGAUACACUAAAAAAGCAUAAGGCAAAGUGCAACAAAAAAACAACAAAAUAAAAACAGAGGCAAAAUAACUAAAAAACUUCUGCUACAUUUGUCAAUGACUGAGCGAGAGGCCAACGGACUCGCGUGACUCUGAGCAUAUAACGGAACAAUAACGGAAAUAAGGCGCUAUCUCUCCCCUACUCCAACUCACACUUCAGCUGCUGCUUGUGAAGCCACGUAAAACAGCAGCCGGGCAAUAGAAAAGGCAAACAGCGAAACGACGUUGCCCGGGGUCAUAACAGAGUUGCCUUUUGUGCCCGUCUGGCAAUUGGCCAAGUUAAUAAAGAGAAAGCCGAUAAUGACGUUGCUGCUGCAGCUGCUGCUGAUGUUGAUGAUGACGCUGCUAACUUGGUUAUUGCUGCCAGCAUAGAAAUUGUCAGCAGAGUCACGCAAAGACAGACAUAAAACAAAAGCAACUCGCCCAGCCUCGUAUCCUUGAACGUCGUACCGUCGUCCAGUAAGGCCCCAGUCCCGGCGAGGAGCAGGGCUUACUGCAUUUCCGGUUGUUGUUCCUGUCGUUGGUGCUGCCAUCAACGCCAUCGCCAUCGCCACCGCCAUCAUGCCGCUCCAAAUGGCCCAGAGCAUCUGCGUGGCUUGGCUGCUGUUACUCGUAGUUAUUGUACUGAGCGAUAUGACAAAUGGCGGUGUGCAUGGACCCAUCGAGGGCUACAACUCGCUAGAUGAGAUGACUACGACACCGGGAGCGAUAUAUACGAUGCCCACCGCUGCCUAUACGCAUCCCAAAUGGAUGGAACCAUACUUUGAUCCCUCAACGCCCCGCAAUGUGACCGCCUUGAUGGGCAAAUCCGCAUAUCUCAGUUGCCGUGUGCGCAAUUUGGCCAACAAAACGGUAUCCUGGAUACGGCAUCGAGAUAUACACAUAUUGACGGUGGGCUCGUACACGUACACGUCCGAUCAGCGGUUUCAGGCCACACAUCAUCAGGACACCGAUGACUGGACGCUACAGAUAAAAUGGGCCCAGAAGCGAGAUGCGGGCAUGUACGAAUGCCAGAUAUCAACGCAGCCCGUCCGCAGCUAUUUCGUCCGUCUCAAUGUUGUCGUGCCAACGGCGACCAUACUUGGCGGACCUGACCUUCACGUUGAUAAAGGCAGCACCAUAAAUCUCACUUGCACUGUAAAGUUCAGCCCCGAACCACCGGCCUACAUAUUCUGGUACCAUCACGAGGAGGUCAUUAAUUAUGAUUCAUCAAGAGGCGGCGUGUCGGUAAUUACCGAAAAGGGCGAUGUGACAACCUCAUUUCUGCUCAUACAGAAUGCAGAUCUGGCCGAUUCCGGCAAAUACUCAUGCGCCCCCUCCAACGCAGAUGUGGCCAGCGUUCGUGUGCAUGUUCUAAAUGUUCGGGCCAUAAUUUCAGGUGAACAUCCGGAGGCAAUGCAAACGGGCUCAUCCGGCUGCCAGUACAGUUGGCUGACAAUUGUCAUGCUGUUGGCUCUCGUGCUCGGCUACAGUCAGCGGCAGCAGCAGCAUUGUGCUGCCACACUCGCCACAUGGGGCAGUUGCAGCAGACAUGGUCUCACUCUCGCGGCCAGUGACAGUGACAUUAAAAUAAGAACAUCAACGGCAGCAGCAGCAGCAGCAACAACAACAACAACAACAACAGGAGCUGCCACUAAACGCGUCCUUGAGCUGUCCCCAGCGGUUAGCAGUAACUGUCGCGAGACAUGCCACGCCCACCCGAAACGCAGCUGCCACAGAUGAUCGCUUGGAGGCGUGGUAAAAAGCGUUAACUAAUCUGUUUUGUAUCUAUAUAUCCCCACUAUAUGUAUGUGUAUGUGUGUAUGUAUGACUGUCUGGGCUAGCUAAACACUUAACUAGUUAAGUCUAUUAAGGCCCAUUUGCCAGUUCUAAACUAGCAAUUCAUAUAUAAAAAUUAAUGAUGGCUCACAGCCGGCUAAAGCCUCAUUGCAUAAUCCCCACACAUAGAGCAAACGGAUUAACAUUUAAUGUGUAUUUUGUAUAGUUCCAAUAAGCAAGCAUGUAAAUAACUAACGUAAACUUAUUAACAUAAUUGCAACAUGAAAUGUAUCGCUUAACAACAAAUAAACAGAAACAAACCAAAAUCCGAGAGAUUUUAUGAUGGCCCUUUAAAUACAUAAAUAAAUAAAUAUGAGCGCGCGGGGGUGAAUUUUAUAAUUAGAUAAAAAAAUAAAAAAAAACGAAGCAGCCACAGAAAAACCAAUACAAAGGCAAAAAAAGCAAAAAAAAAACAAAA